UAGUUGGGAGAUUCUACUAGACAUGAUCUCUAUCCAGACCUCAAAUCUUAUCCUAUGGUUGCAACUAAUCCAGUUAGUACUACACAAGUAUCCAAACAGUCUUCCACUGGACCAACUACUGCCGUUAAUAUCAAAGCUUCAUCAAGUACAGACUGAAAGCAAAAGAGCCGAAGUACAAACAUGGUUGUUAAAGACACUACAAGCGUUGGCUGUUUGUCAAUUUAAACUGAGCAAUCUACCCACUGGAUUAGUAACAGCAUUGCAAACAGAGUGGAACAAGAUCUGGUCCUGUGCCAUUAGAACGAUCAGCUUGCAUUCAGCCGAGUGUGAUGGAUUUGACCUUUUGACCUCUAUGUUGCAUUAUGGGAUAGUCAACCCAGACAAGGAACACUGGCGCCUCUUCAUGGCAGACUCUACUCAACCAACAAGGAGCUCUGUUCAAUUUUUGGCAAUGUAUCUGAGCCAUCAUUCUCUACCAGAGAACUACACCUGUAAACCUGGUGGGAUCCUAGUCUCUGAAUCAGCCGCUGUUAAAGGAAUCUAUCCAUUAAGACACCAGCUGCUCAAUUGGCUUCUACCAAUAGAGGAACAAGAUGAGCCUGGAGAGAGACUAAUUAUGACGCUCCUUAAAAGCCUACCAACCACCCUGGUAGCCAAGGUUUUGGGUAAACUGACCCAACGUACUACCCAGUGUAGACCUCAAGACACAACCCACAACAAUCCUCCAGAUCCCACAAGAAGCAAGACAGAACAAACACUGCAAGAUGUAGAGACACUGUAUCUCCAGUCCUCCUUUAAUAAACUAGUCUGGCAAGUUACUGAGGAUAGAUGUCUGAGUGAGAGUGAUGUUAAAGGAGGUUCUGCUAGCGUGGUACUCUCAGUCAAACAGAGUUUAAUGAAGACUCUUGAGAUUAUCGGAAUUCAAGUUCUAGACUUCUCAAGCAAUGAGGUGUCUUGUUUUGAGGCUUUGAUCCACUAUGCCAGCUUUCUAUGCAAGACUCUAUCAUGGCUAAUUCAACUUGGUGUUCUAUCAAAUCUAGAGAUUGCUCAAUCAAAAGUCACUGACAGCUUAAAGACUUUACUAAAGAGAGUCUCUGUUGCCCUUCGUACUCUCUGGCAUAAGAACGAGUCCGAUAACAAGGUUCGAAUCCAGUCUCUGGAAUCUCUGAUUAUGACUUUGGAUGAUAUGUUAACCUGGGACCAUUCAUCUAGCGGUCAGAUGGUUCAAGACUCUGCUCAAUGGCUAGCUGAUACUUGUAGACGUAGCACACCAAGGGAGCUCAUUGAUUUACUCUUUGAAAUCAUACGCAAGAAGGGAACCAAUGCUGUAACCAGUAGGAGUGGACCACCCAAGAUGGCUGCCAAAGAUCCAUUUGGUGAUGAUUUCAUGGAUACUGAAUUUGACGAUGAUUUAAGUGACACUAAUCAUGAUGAAGUGGAUUCAUUUGAUGUCAACAGCAAUCUCCCUGAUGAGACUGCUAAUCAGAAAGAUAAUCUGAGUCUACUGUCUAGUGAUUCACUGUCUGAGUGUGAGCAGCUAGCAUUGAAAGCAGCUAAGUGUCUAUGUUCAUGGAGUCUUACUGGUGGUGGUAAGCUGAGUCAAGAGAAGCAGAUUGCACGAUCUGCACUCAGCCCGUUCAGUGUUCAAGAAAAACUACUAGACUUGUUUGAACAAGAUGUUUGGGAUCCUAGUUCUGCAUUUGAUGUACAAUUGUAUUUCUUGGUUGCAGAUGCAUUUAUUGCAUGUGAUGAGAUACCAGAUGAUGCUCACAUCAAUGGUUUGCUGUAUGCUUUAAAAACUGUUGUGUCCAGUCAUCGUAAAGAUCAUGCGUUAUGUGCAGCAGCUUUUAGUCUCUUCUCAAGACUGAUACCAUGUCUUGAUUGUGGCACGGCAGAAGUGUCACAGACACUCAGACAAGCUAGAGAUGUUGCACUACGUCUCAUCAAUGCAAUUUGGAAACUCCAGUGUGACUUCACCCCUCCAGAACGUCUAGCCAUUGCCAAGUGCAUACAUGCUCUGGUUCUGAUUGACCCCAUGGGAAAAUGGACUAUUCUGAGGUCAAGGGUCAAGGAGAGUGGUCAAGGUGAUAAUGAUCUGAGUGCUCAUAGCUUGAUGUACAUGUUAGUCAGAGAUGGAGGCAGUCAUACAGUCCGAAUGUACAUGGCUCUUGCAAUCAAAUGCCUUUUCUGUCAUCCAAGUAAAGAUGGAACAGUCAGUACACCUUUUACUAAGGAGAUACAGAAUCAGGCAUUUGACAUGGUGUACCAGGCAGCCCAAGAUGCCAUGGAUAUCAAGGGACGAUUGAAGACCCAAGAUCAAGCUGAGCAGUCAGCUAAUCAUACAGCUAGUCUGUUAGCGACUUUGUCUACGAUGGCUCGAUACAGUCCAGCCUGUGAGAAGAAGACUGUGUUUGCUCUGAUGCAGAUUGUUACCCUCAAUGGAAUCAACAUACCACUCAUGAACAAAGUUCUACACAGUAUAUCAGACAGUCUACAGUACACCUCAGUCACCGUCUUCAUGGAGACCCACUUGAGUUUUCUUCUUUAUCAAUGGCUUCUGGAGAAGUAUUUACUCACUCAGUUUCCUUACCAGCUCUUAGGAUGCCAGACUGAGCAAGAGUUCUACCGGAGAUAUCACCGAGUAGUAAUUCCUCAUCUUGUUACCAUGGAGUCUAUUGAUACAGUACAAGACAUCGCAAAAUCCCUCCACACUGACUGGACACAACUCCUCAAAGACUCGUUCCCACAAACCAUUGCGCAUAUCCUACCCCUGUUUGCUAACACAGGGGCAGCAGAGGAAGGUAUUGGAAGUGAAGAUUAUCAGAAGAGGCGUAGUGGAGCCAUUAAGGGAUUAGCAGCGCUUGAAGGCACCCUGGGAAAAGAGGCAAUAGAUAGCAUGAUACAAGUCAAUCUAGAUCAGAUUGUAGUGGAGCUUCUUGCCAUGCUGUAUGAACCACACUCUGUAGGAAGUAGAGAUGGAACUCAGUUUACAAGUGACAGAGAUCCGGAGCCCAAUCCACCAUUCUUUACUUCCUACACCAUCAAGGCUACCCUGGAUUACUUAACUACAUGUCAUGCUGGUAGUAAAGCUCUAACGUUGGUCACGCUGCUGGCUAAGACACAGGACAACAUUCAGAAGAUUCUAUUAUCCCUUCACAUCAAGAUUUCUAAAUCUCCUGGUUAUCAUGAGAAGCAACGUAUACUCCUAGCCUAUCGUCUCUUUAUCUCACUACUCCUAGCUGAGCUUCCUACUGGUGGACUAGGUGGAUCUUGGGCAAUGGUCUUACAAGAUGUCAUCUAUACCUUAGUACAUAGCCUACAGGAAGGACAGGAGUUAGGCAAGGGGUUAGAGCUAGGGGAAGGCGGACGUCUAUGUGGUCUGUGUGUGGAUCUAUUACAUGAUGUUUGCAUGACAGCGCUCAAGUGUUGUGCUGAGGAACUUGGUAAGCAUCUAUGUGUGAUGAUAGGAGCUCUAGUACCAUUAAUGGAAACAGAUGAUGCUGUUGCUAAUCAGGCUUUGUCAUUAAUCAACCUUCUAGUGAUAGACAAUGCGGAUACACUUGGCCCUUCUCUCAAACUCCUAGAUCCAUUCCCAGACUCAGUCAAGCUUGCCCCGGCCAGGGCGGCUCAACAAGCAGUCAAAUAUGAGGCAGGAGAGUUCACUCUAAUGGAGGAAGUGCAGCAUUUCUUAAUGGUUGGUAAACAGGGAGGUGUUUUAAGAUUAGAGGGAUUGAGGCAUCUACAUCAUCAGCUUGCUACAAAGAAAGAAGAGUUGGCUAUCAUGGUACAGCAAUGUGCAGAAGGAUGUGAUAGAACCAUCAUUCAUCUCCUAACUGAGCUGGUCAAGAUAAGUGGAGCUGGAGAUCACGUCUUAGGAUCCAAGGAUAACGUCUCACAAUCACUGAAGGAAGAGGCUGGUCGUUGUUUGGGUGACAUUGGAGCACCUAAUCUAUCUACAGUAGCAUUACAUUGUGAUGAAGCUGAGAAUGUUGCUAGUUACACCACUGCCUUGAAGGUGUUUGCUAAAGAUCCAAUCAUGUCUAGGCAUGUUGUUAUCAUUCAUCUACUUCAACAGUAUCUCUCAGAUCCAAACGUUGAUAUAGUAGAAGCCGCAGCCAACUGCUUAAAGACUGUACUAGCAACAAACUCAGGACAACGAUGUCAUGAGAAGUACAAAGAGAAAAACAUUGAUAAACUCUUUGGUUAUCUACAGCCGUUCAGACCGAGCAAGAGAAAGAUAACCCACAAACCAGCACUCCCGCCUUCAGCCGCUACCUUUGAGAAGACCAUUGGAGAUCCGUUACUAUGGCAGCCAGUUAGUAGUAACCAUGGUGAUUGGGUGAGGAAUCUGACUGUUGCGUUGAUUAGGAGUGGUGGAGUGAAGGAUGAGAUUCUACUUCAGUUGCAACCGAUCUGUACAGUCAAGGUUGAAUUUGCAGAGAGAGUCUUACCCUAUGUAUUCCAUGACAUCUUGAGUCUAGGUAUUGAUAGAUUCAGACAGGUUUUAUCACAUGGUGUGGAGACAGUCUUCUCUAGUCAUUGUCAAAGUACUAGUAAUAGUCGAGCACCUACACCAGUCCCCUUCCACGAUGCGUCUUCAAGUCAACUAGGUCAAAGGUCAAUCCACACUCUUCUUGAUGUCAUGUACUACUUGAGAACACAAGAAAGACCAACAGGAGGGCGGAGUAAGAGCACAGCAUGGGAUAAUAACUUCUGGCUUGACGUCAACUACUUGCUAGCAGCUAAAGCAGCACAGAAUUGUAGAGCACACUUCACCUGUUUGCUGUAUACUGAAAUAUGGUGUGACGUUCAGAGGUCCCAGCAAGGAUCUAUUGGUUCUAGUAGAUCCUCUAGCCAGUCACUAAAUCAACCUUCAGAUAUAGAAUCUCUCAAUGUACUGUCUAAUGAAUCCCAUAUCAACAUACAGAGUCUGCUGCUAGAGGCUUAUAGUAGUAUUGGUGAACCUGAUGGGGUGUAUGGAUGUGGAGCUGGGAGACUCACUGAUACAUGUGCAAGGAUCCACACGUAUGAACAUGAAGGUGACUGGGAUAAAGCACUGAGUGCGUAUGAUCUGAAACUUCAUUCUAAAUCAACCCACACUGGACAGGAAGAGAUAGGAAUCCUACAGGCGAUGCAGAAUAAAGGUCUAAGCCACAUUCUAAAUGUCUACCUUCAUGGUUUACGAUCAGAACAAGUCGUCAUUGGUCCUGAGAUGGCUGAGUUUCAAUAUGAAGCAGCAUGGAGGAAUGGACAAUGGGAUCAGGAACUAGACCAUUCGCAUCAGACUCAAUCCACUGGUUAUCAUCAAUCCAUAUUCACUGCGUUAUCAUGCCUAAGGGAUGAUGAGGAAGAAUCAUUCCAAAUGGCCCUGCAACAUGCACGAUUAGACACAGUCAGGCAGCUAUGUAAUGUCAGUAUGGAGAGUGCUUAUAGUGUGUACCCGAUGUUAUCCAGGUUACAGGGCCUUACUGAGAUGGAGGACUUUGGAUCUGUGUUGCUUGAGAACAGUCAGCCAAUGUUAGUGCUUCACAGCUGGAGUUCUCAACUCACCUUAAUGGAUAAUGACUUUGAGUUUUGUGAGCCAACCCUUGCCUUAAGGACCGUGUUACUUCAAUUACUACUAGAGAGGAAUAAUGAGACUAGUUAUAUACAGCAAGCCUAUGAAGGACUCGUCACACAUCUUAAGAAUUACACUCAACUAGCUCGGAAAGCAGAACGCUUCCAGAUUGCAGAGAAAGCCUUAGCGACGCUACAGUGCUUAGAUAGACCAUCUGAUGUACAGAGUGAUCCAUCAUGGUGGAGAUUGAUUGAAGAAGCGAAAGUUUACUGGACUAGAAAUGAGAAGACUACUGCUAUGCAUCUUAUUAAAGCACUGUUAGACAAGAUCAGUAGGAUUCACACCCAAGACCCCGUGGCAGAGUCCCUUCAUCCAGAGGUUCUGACAAUCUUUGGUAACUGGCUGGCUGAUACAUGCUCAGAAAGUCCUAAUGUCAUUAUUGAUAAGUAUAUGGAAAAGGCAGUUGACAUCUAUGAUGCUAGGAGUGAUACCAGUGCUCCAGCUAUCAAUGCUCAUCUAUCUCUGGCUCGUUUUGCUGAUUCUCAAUAUCAGAACAUUGUGAACUACACUAAGUCUAGUGAGUAUGAAGCUAAGGAGAAUCUACUGAAGAGGGCAAAGAGAGACUGUGAAGAACUCAAGGCCAUCGGGGGAAAGAGUAGCAGCAGUGACAGUAAAUACUUACGUACCCUUCAUAAGCAAUCUGAGAUUGAUGAGCUAGAGUUGGGGUCCAUGAUGGAAGACAGAGAGAACUUCUUACAGAAAGCGAUUGAAUGCUAUUUGAAGUGUCUUCAGCAUGGAAGCCAAGAUCAUGAUAUGAGAGUCUUUAGAGUUUGUUCAUUGUGGUUUGAUAACUCAUCAGAUGACUAUCUUAAUCAACUCAUACAGGAAUCUUGUGAGAGAAUUGAAAGUCGUAAGUUCUUACCCAUGUUGUAUCAACUAGCAGCUAGGAUGACCACAAAGACUCAAGAUAAACAACUGUUUCAUGAAGUACUAAAUGAGUUGAUAGAGAAGAUGGCUAGGGACCAUCCUCAUCAUGCACUGCCUAUUAUUCUAGCUCUUGCUAAUGCAAACAAGGAUGCCCUGAUCACUGCAUCUAAGACUACAGGUAGACUGGCCCGUACUACCUCAUCAGUCAAAGACUCAGAUACCAGCCAUGCUGAUCAAGCCAGAAUGCAAGCAGCUAAAGGCAUGUUAGAGCGAUUGAGAUCUACUCCUAGUAUUCGUGAUAUUCUUGCUGGAUUAGAGAGACUAUCUGAUGCUUAUAUUGAACUGGCUUAUUGGGAUGUCUCGGAUCGCAAGAGAGAAACAGGAGCCAUUCGACUUCCCUCGACUCAACCACUGACUCAACUAUCGCACUUACAACAUGUUGCCAUGCCAACCAUGGAGGUACCUAUUGAUGCAAACUGUCGCUAUGACAACAUAACUUGGAUUGAAGGAUUUGAAGGGACGUUCAAGUUAGCUGGAGGGAUUAACCUUCCUAAGAUUAUCACUUGCAUCGGAUCAGAUGGGAUCAAGAGGAGGCAGCUUGUUAAGGGGAAGGAUGAUCUGAGGCAGGAUGCAGUCAUGCAACAAGUGUUCUCAUUGGUCAAUAAACUUCUUCAAAGAAAUCAAGAAACAAGAAAACGGAGACUUCAAAUCAGAACAUACAAAAUUGUACCUCUUUCUCAGCGUAGUGGCUUACUAGAAUGGUGUGAGGGUACAAUGCCUAUUGGUCAAUAUCUCAUUGGGAAUCAAAGGACUGACUUUGGAGCUCAUAAACGCUACAGACCUCAAGAUUGGACAUCCAUGGAAUGCAGAUCUAAAAUGGCGCAAGCGCACAAAAGCUCUGAACAAGGGAAGAAGUACAGAGAGUAUUUGGCUGUGAUGGCACAUUUCAAACCGGUGUUCCGUCAUUUCUUCUUGGAGAAGUUUCCUGACCCUGCUGUGUGGCUUGAGAGGAGACUAGCCUACACAAGAAGUGUAGCUACAUCCUCUAUUGUUGGGUACGUGGUGGGUCUUGGUGACAGACAUGUACAGAACAUCCUGGUGGAUUGUAACCUUGCUGAGUUGGUGCACAUCGAUUUAGGUGUGGCCUUUGAGCAAGGAAGGAUUCUACCGACUCCAGAGACUAUUCCCUUUAGGCUUACCAGAGAUCUUGUAGAUGGAAUGGGUAUAGCUGGAGUGGAAGGGGUCUUUAGGAGGUGUUGUGAGAAGACAAUGGAUGUAAUGCAUAACUCACAGGAGGCUUUGCUCACCAUACUCCAGGUACUUCUAUACGACCCUCUCUACAUCUGGACCAUGUCUCCACAUAAAGCCAUUGCACUCCAACAGCGCCGCGAUCGCAACGACCCCGAUGCCUCAGACCUCAACACCACCGCAACAGACCUUCCAGAUGGUGAGACAACCUUCAAAGGUCAAGACAGUAAUGAUGGGUCAGAGGUCAACAAGGUAGCUGAGAGGGUGGUACUAAGAUUACGGCAGAAGCUACAGGGUGUAGAGGAGGGGGUCGCAAUGAGUGUCAAAGGUCAGGUCAACAGAUUAAUCCAAGAAGCUACAGAUUCUAAGAAUCUAUGUCGAGUCUUUCCAGGUUGGCAACCUUGGUUGUAACAUGCAGGGCACUUAGCAUGGAACAUUUGUGCUUAGCAUAUACAGGUUACCAGCCAAAAUCCCGUGUGAUAACAUGUUGAUUGUGCUUGGUUCACUGCUAACAUACUCGGAACUUAAGCAGCUCUGGAUGUAGGUGUGGAGUCAGUGAGUCAAGACUUUCCAUUCCGCCAAAUCGUAUGAUGCAUUUUACUGAAUAACAUUGUAUUCAGUUUGUAUUGGAGUCGUCCUUGCCAGUGCAACACUGCACUAAAACAAAGUACUAACAAAAAUAGUUUGCUGCAAAAAUAUCUUUUAUAUUGUAUUCUUCCAUUUGUGAAUUGUAUACCAAGUUGAUCAUCAAUUAAUACUCAUAAGAUUCACCCAGCAUUUGGAUGUCUCUUAAGAUUAUUCCUCUACAUAGAAUCUCUAUCAGCAAUAAGUUCAAGUAAAUUUACAAAAUUGUUGUUUAUCCGACACAGCUUUAUAGAAAUCUUUCGCUUUUCUGAGAGAUGAUCAAUUUGACUGAAGUUGGAUUUCAUUAAAAAAUAUUCAAUAUUACAUUUAUAUCGAUACAAGUAAACUUGGCAUAAUUUCUUUUUAGAAGUGCAGGUAUAAAAACCCAGAACACUUAUAGGUUUCCCCAGCCUUCUAAGUUUCAAUGAUUAGUUUCAAUCAUUAACUUCGCUUUUGAAGAUUCCUUGAUUUCAUUACCAUAAAUGAAUAAUUAAUAAUCUGUCUUCACACUGAGUUGUCCCUGCCAGCUAGUUUUCAUUUGUAUAACUAUCAUCAUGGUGUAUGAAGAAUGUCUAAGCUACAUGACAUAUAGAGUGUAUUCCUUAUAAUGUAAAAUCUUUAACCAUUGUGGAGCUACUGUCAUUAAAAGGAUAUGUUGCUUAAAGGGAAAGUACACGUUUGGUAACUACUCAAAACAAUAUGAACUUAAAAACUGACUUGGUUACGAGCAUU